AGGAUUAAAUGACACAAUUACAUAUACAGUAGAGUCUCACUUAUCCAAGACUCGCUUAUCCAAGGUUCUGGAUUAUCCAAGGCAUUUUUGUAGUCAAUGUUUUAAAUAUAUCAUGAUAUUUUGGUGCUAAAUGCUUAAAUAUAGUAAUUACAACAUAACAUUAUUGCGUAUUGAACUACUUUUUCUGUCAAAUUUGUUGUAUAACAUGAUGUUUUGGUGCGUAAUUUGUAAAAUCAUAGCCUAAUUUGAUGUUUAAUAGGCUUUUCCUUAAUCCUUCCUUAUUAUCCAAGAUAUUUGUUUAUCCAAGGUUCUGCCAGCCCGUUUAGCUUGGAUAAGUGAGACUCUACAUCAACACAUAAAAUACAUAGUCAAGUAAAAACAUCAUACACCAAUUUUGAAAACAGCCCAAUUUGAACAUCCCAUGUAUAACAUUCCUAUGCAUAUUCCCAUUCUCUUCCCUAUGGUUGUAACCUUUCACCAAAGAUAUGAUUAGGGAAGCAGUUCAAGGAAACCUAUCAAGAAGAUGCCCAAAAAUAAUUUUCCAAAUCAUAGCGGAUUUCCCCCCCCUCCCCCCCCCCCUAAUUUCACUUGGCCUUCCUUAUCUUUUUGGAGGUUGUUUGCUGGCCUUUUCCAGAUCUUGAAUGUGACUUCUUUCAAGAUUUUAGAUGCUGUGCUGAAAGAACAGAGAGCUCUAAUAUAAUGGCUUGGUUGUUGGAUUAGGUUGCAAGAAGACCAGGGCUCAAAUCCCCAUUUGUUUUGGUCAUAGCAACUCAUUGGGUGACUUUGGACAAGUCAUUCAAUGUCAUCCUCAUAGGAAAUUUGCAAUGAAAAAAUCCUGCCAAGAAAACCCAGGGAUAUGUUAUUGAAGUCUUUCAUGGCAGAAUCACUGUGUUGCUGUGAGUUUUCCUGGCUGUAGGACCAUGUCUCAGAAGCAUUCUAUCCUGACACUUUGCCCAAAUCUAUGGCAGACAUCCUCAGGGGUUUUGAGGUCUAUUGGAAAUUAGGCAAGUGGGGUUUAUAUAUUAGUAGUACAUUUAUUGAUUAGCCCUUAGGCCAUAUCACAGUAUUAUAUAUCUGCAGAAUAAUGUCCAGGGUGAGAGAAAGAACUCUUGUCUGUUUGAGGCAAAUGUGAAUGUUGCAAUUGGCCACCUUGAUUAGCAUUGAAUGGCUUUGUAGUUUCAAAGCCUGGCUGCUUCCUGCCUAGGGGAAUCCUUUGUCGGGAGGUGUUAGCUGGCCCGGAUUGUUUCCUGUCUGGAAUUCCACUGUUUUCUGAGUGUUGUUCUUUAUUGACUUCCCUGAUUUACUGUCCUGGUAGCCAGAUUGUGUUCAUUUGCAUGGUUUCCUCCUUUCUGUUGAAAUUGUCCACAUACUGGUAGGUUUCAGUGGCUUCACUAUGUUGUCGGAUAUGGUGGUUGUUAGAGGGGUCUGAGGAUGCCUGCCAUAGAUGUGGGCAAUAUGUCAGGAGAAAAUGGGUUGUUGUGCAUUUUCCGGGCUAUAUGGCCAUGUUCCAGAUGCAUUCUCUCCUGAUGUUUCACCCACAUCUGUGGCAGGCAUCCUCAGAGGUUGUGACAACCAUUUUAUUUUUGCCAAGGGGUGCAACUCAAUGGUGGGGCACUGGUUAACUGUUUCAAGCUCUGGCUUCUCUAAAUAGUUCUGGAGAAGACUUCAGCUUGAAAUUAUGAAGCGCUUCUACCAGGCAAUUGUAAAUUAUGACAAAAUAGUUGGACCCAUGGUCUCACUUAGUAUCAUGCGACAUCUAGUGAGAAUUGAGAGGAGUAGGAUAACCACGGAGUGGGUCAAUACUAUGUUGUUGUAGUUUGAUGCUGCUUUGACUUGAUGGUUCCUUCCUAUGGGAUUUUUCAUAGAAAGGUGUAUUGGAUUUCCUUGCAUCACAAUUGCAAUGUACCCUGGGCUUCUUCCUUCCUCUCCUUCCAGGAAGAUGCACGGGAUAAGAGUCCUGCCAAGAAAAAGCAAAAGAAAGAGCCCGUCCCGAUCAGCGAAGAGGAAGACUUAGACCAGGAGACCUUCACCAUAUGCAAAGAGAGGAUGUGGCCCGUCAAGAAAGCUCUGAAGGAGCUGGUCAACCCGGACAGAGGGCUCUUUGUGGAGCACAUCCGCAGCUGCGUGCUGAAGAUUGGCAACCACAUCGCUGAGUGCUUGAAAGAGAACCUGUGGAUCUUUGUGUCCAAGUUUAUGGAAUGUGAUGCGAGGAAGCUGCACAAGCUGUACAAGAGGGUGCACAAGAAGCGGUCCCAGGAAGAGGAGCUGGAACAGCAGAAGAAAGAAGAGGCCGGUGGCACAAGAAGAUAUUUCACCCGGAGCCCUCUGGGUCCAGCUGGAUUCUGUGGUGUCCCCCUUGCCCCACACCACUCCUCCUCCUCCUCCUCCUCCUCCAAAGGUCCACCAUCCACAGCCCUAUUCUUCCCAGAUGCAUGGGCACCAGCGCGACAACUACAGCCACCCGAAUAAAAGGCAUUCCAGUAAUUGCUCUAAGAGUUUCCCUUUUCUUUCUUGCUGACCAAAGCGACUGGCACCGGGACCACAAGCUCAACUAUAGCGGCAAUGCCAUGCAAGGAUGGGGUGGAGAACGGCACCAUCCAUACAACCAACACUGGUACAAGGAGCACCACCUUGGAGACUGCCCCCCGCGCGGGGUACUUCAUCAUAGCUCAGGGAGCUACUGGCCAAACAGCCCCUCUCGCAAGCGGCCCUAUGAGCAGAACAAUAGUGACUGGGGCCACCAUGACUACUAUGACCGGCACCACCAUGAUUCCAAGCUGCGAAUAACUGAAGAGUUCUGUUCUCAGAAUUAUCACCAGCAAGAGUUCAGGCGGAUGUCUGACCACCGACCUCCCAUCGGCUACCACGGCCAGGGGCCUUCUGACCACUACCGCUCUUUCCACCCAGAGAAGUCAAGUCAUUAUAAGCAGAUGUUCUCUACUGAUCACUCCCAGGUCUCCGAUCCUCGCUCCCCGCCUUCACAGAAAUCUCCACAUGAUGCCAAGUCUUCCAUCGAACACCGGUCCUCCCUGGAUAGGAUACCUCAGUGGAGCAAUUCUGAAUAUAACUAGAGCAGCCAGAAGACAAGAACCCAGAUAUGAGAUGUUGCCAGAGGGAAAACCACCUCUGAGCUCUCUUGUUCUGCGGCAUGCAGCAGUGCCCACUGGUUCAUCAUGCCCAGAACCAGAGACUAUGCUAAGGAAGGUGACGCCUGAGACAGUAUGGUUAAAAGAAAAUUUGAUUCUGAACUGGAUUCUAUUAAACAUACCCUACAAAGAGAUGGAAGUAAUUUUUAAAUCUACACACGUAUAGGAAUUUUUUUCUCUUUUUAUUUUUUUGUUCUUUUCUUCUUGUGUGUUGUUAUCUGUCCUCAUUAUUAUAGGUAUGUGGUUACGCCUUCCCUUUCCCAAUCACACCCCACCCUUUUGUUUACGCACAAGUUGAUGUUCAUGUGUAUGUCUAUGGUAAAAGCACUUAAAAAUUAUUUUUAAAAAAGAACCAGAGACUAUGAAUGUGCUGUUCUUGGCUCUGUGUUCCUGAAGGGGAGCAAUACCGAAGUUGGACGUCGUUGGGGCAUCUGGAUUUCACCUCACAAUGGCCAGAUGUGCAUUGGCUUCUUGGCCUGCCUCUGGGCCCAUUGAGAAGGAAAGACUUCCCAGUGCCGGUUUUUGUUUUUGAAUGUUGAGAAGGCUGACUUGGACUCCAGUGAACAUUUCAUGUGGUUUGGACGGGUGACUUCUGAGGACAUGGAUGGAGCGGAAAGCAGAAAGUUGAGGGAGUCCGUCAAGAUUGAAAGUGCAACUAGAGAAAGAAAUGGCAUCAAGCGACUCCCCGAAAAAGAUUUGAAGCAAAAGAAGUGGAAGAAAAGACAUAGCAGGAAGGAGACGCAGCUGCCUUGAAUGACUCCUCUGUCAGCUUCAGAGACGUUUUGUUGCUAGGACUUCUGUUUUGGUACGUGAUGCCUCCCAAAAGAAAAAAAAAGAGACUCCUCCACUACACUCCCUAAACCCAUUGUUUUUCUUCCUACAUUUUUCUCUCAUCUCCUUCAUUACAAUUUCUCAGAGGAACCAAGUACAGAAAUAAGUUUCAUGGAGAUUGACGGAGACCUUAUGAAUUUUGGAGACCUGUCUGGACAUGCCAAAAAAGAUACCUCCACCCCUUUCUUCCCCUCUUUAUUCUUCCAUAUAGACAUGAAGAACUGGGCACCAGCGAUGUGCCUCAAUGGGACAUCAUUGACAUUUCCUUGGGUCUAAAGAUACUGGUUGGCUGUGAUUUGUUAAUUUAAGCUGUUAGUUUACACGUACUCUUGCCCUGACUGAGCUUCUUUGAUGAUGUGGUAGCCAAGAGCCGGUCUCAGAAAAAACAAUUCCCAGACCAACCGUGGGAGAGAAAAAUAAAUAGCAAUAGGAAGUCCAUACCACUAGAGGAGGAGGAGGAGGCAAGAAGGUAGAAGGAAGCCCUUACAAGUUUUCAAAGUAACUUCUUUUGGCUUUCCUUCUCUUUCCAACUACUUGAAUGUCUCAGGGUAAGCUGACCUUUCCUUUUCUGCUUUUUUGCCAAGAACAGACUAAACACGCACUGUUUGCAAUGAGCCAAAGGUUGGGGAAGAGUGUUGGGCAGUUGACCAGUUGAGAUGGAGUCGCCAUAGAUUUGGGAGUAAAAAACGAUGUGUGGCCCCCAAAGCAGUCCUGUCCUCUACCAUCUAUUCCUCCCACCUAAUGUCCGGAGCUUAGAACAUUUGUUCAUGAAAACCACGGACUUAGUUGUUCAGUUAGACAACUCUGACUCUUCUGAUGGUGUACCUGAGGCCCCAGGGGUGGUACAGAACUUUGAUCCUGAAGUUCCCCCUCCUGAAGAAUUUAAUGAAUUUGUGGCAUUAAUGGGGCGCAUGAUCCUGCUCCUAAACCACCUGCUCCUGUGGACGACCCCCUUUCCCCCUCGGAUCAACAGGAGAAUCCUUCUACCACAGGUCUUCCUGCUCUGCCUUAUCUCCUUAAGCUGGCGAGGGUACCUGACAUUUCACCGGCCUCUGCCCCUGCAUUGCCCAAAAGGGCAGACGCCAUGUAUUGCGUUGAUCUUUCUAUGGCUAGCUGGGUAGCCCGCCCUUCUAAGCGUAAUACAGGGGUGUCAGAAGUGGCACAACCAUGUUGUUUUAAGAAAUCCUCUGUUGCACCCCAAGGCAGCGCGAGCACCCGAAAAACAGACCAGAGCCAAUAUAACACACAAGCCGUUAACUGAAGCAGAGUAUAUAUAUACCGUGUUUCCCCGAAAAUAAGACCUCCCCAAAGAAUAAGACCUAGCAGGGUUUUGGGGGGAUUGCCAAAUAUAAGGCCUCCCCUGAAAGUAAGACCUGGCAACUAAGGCUGCAGCAGAGUUCCAUUGGGAAGCAUGGCUGCAGGGCAGAAGCAGCACUCAUUCAUACACCGGAGGGAAAGUGCUUGCUUUCUGUGCCUCCCUCCCUGCCUGCCUUGCCUUGCCUGUCCCCCAGCCGAGGCUUGAAGAACCUUCCGUGGCUGCUGCCAUUUCUUCCUUCCUUCCGUCUCCCUCCUGGCCAUGCUGCCUUGCUUCCCAGAGGCUUCUGAUUGGCUCCUGGAGCCAGGGCAAGGGUGGGUGGGAGGGAAGGAAGGAAGAGGGCUUUCCACUCCUCCCCAAGGCUUCGCUCCUUAAAGGUACAGGACGCAUUGGGAUUCUCCUCUCAUCUUCCUAUCCUAUGCCAUGAAACUGAUUAUUUUAUACUAUUAUUCUAUUGCCAUAUUAUUAUCAUCAUAUUCUGUUACUAUUAUUAUAUCCCAUUAUUAUAUUAUCCUAUUAAUAUAUUUUAAAUCAUUAUAUUAUAUUUUUCUAUUAUUAUUAUAUCAUUAUAUUAUUAUUCUAUUAUUAUUCUAUUAUAUUUUCAUAUUAUUAUAUUAUUAUUGUUAUUAUUAAAUUCCAUUUUAUAUUACCCUAUU